GCGUAAAGUAGGAACGAAGAGGUGGCCAUUUUUGCCGUCUAAUAAAUUCUGUGUAAUGAUUACACAAGGAAACAGAAGGGAGUUCUGAGCGAACCAAGGAUCGCCCGACGCACUCGUACGCCAACCCUGCGACACCGCCGCCGCCGCGCGCACGAAGAGUUGAACGUUCAUCUGUUUUGCGGUGCGCGUCGUCUGCCGCGCACACGAGAGCUCCACCCUGGCUUCUGCAGGCGUGGCGAAGAUGUCCAACAUGCCGAGGACGCCCCUGACGACGGUACAUGAGUCGUUGCCGUCGUCUGCUCUCAGUAGAACGAUGGACGACAGCGCGAUUCCUCGUCAUACGUCGCGUUCCCGGUCGUCCGACGAGCCGCACAUAGGAAAAUACAGGUUGAUGAAAACAAUAGGAAAGGGUAACUUUGCCAAAGUAAAACUAGCCAAGCAUCUACCUACAGGAAAAGAGGUCGCUAUCAAAAUCAUCGAUAAAACACAACUAAACCCGUCAAGUUUGCAAAAGCUGUUUAGGGAAGUGAGAAUCAUGAAGUUCUUAGACCAUCCAAAUAUAGUUAAGUUAUUUCAAGUGAUAGAAACGGACAAGACGCUGUAUCUGGUAAUGGAGUAUGCAAGCGGCGGGGAGGUGUUCGACUACCUUGUCGCUCAUGGCCGGAUGAAGGAGAAAGAGGCGAGAGCGAAGUUUCGACAGAUUGUUUCCGCUGUUCAGUAUUGUCAUCAGAAAAAGAUCAUCCACAGGGACCUGAAGGCGGAGAAUCUGCUGCUAGACAAGGACAUGAACAUCAAGAUCGCAGACUUUGGCUUCAGCAACGAGUUCACGAUCGGCAACAAGCUCGACACGUUCUGCGGCAGUCCACCGUACGCAGCACCCGAGCUGUUCCAGGGUAGGUGGGUGAGGCUUAUGGAAUCGGAACUGCGAGAGAGAGUGCUUCGCGGCAAGUACCGCAUCCCGUUCUACAUGUCUACCGACUGUGAAAAUCUGCUGAAGAAGUUUCUCGUGUUGAACCCCGCACGACGAGCGUCGUUAGAGCAAAUCAUGAAGGACAAGUGGAUGAACGUCGGGUUUGAGGACGACGACCUGAGGCCUUUUUCGGAACCUAUUCCAGACUACAGCGACUCCGGAAGGAUGGAGAUGCUGCUGAAGAUGGGAUACACGCGGAAAGAGAUCGAAGAGUCGCUGACGAACAAGAAGUUUGACGACGUCAUGGCUGCCUACCUGCUCCUUGCGAAGCGCGCGUGCGUCGAGCUGGACAGCGGUGACUCGCGCACAGGCAGCAGCAUCUCCCUGAUGACGCCCGCCGUUACCACGCCGACGGUCUCCGACGCGUCGAGCGCGCAGUCUCCGUCGCACGGCAAGGUGCACCGCAGCACGUCGGCGCAGCAGCAGCAGCAGGCGCAGAAGCCGCGCCGCUUCAGCCACGGAGGUGAGAAGGACGUGCCUAAAGGCUACAGCAGCACACGCGCGCGGACAACACCAGGGGGCGCCAUGUCGAACAGCGGCACGCCGACGCUCACCGACAACAACGGCACGGUGGCGCCCUCUCCGACGCCGAUCAUCCGCACGGCGCCGCGCAUGCGCACCGGUCCCGUCAAGGCGAUGUCGUUGGACGCGUCCAGCCCCGCGUCGCCCACGCCACGCGUCCCGCCCGCACGCAAGGCCGUCGCCGGGGGCGGGGGCGGGGCCGGCGGGGCCGGAGGAACAACGAGGAACAACGUGCUGCCGAGGCGGAACACGCUGCACGUCUACGGAGACAACAAGACGACGGCCGCGGCUGAUCGGAACGGCUCGUCGCAGGACGGACCGAGCGAUACUAACGCGGCCGGUAUUAGGUCCCAGUCCUCGGCGCGGCCGAAGGGACAUGCAAAGUCUGCGUCUGCGUCCGGACCGGGGAAGGCUGGGCUGCCGUCUCCCGAUGGCUUCAUGCAGGACCCUCUGCGGCCCACGAACAUGUACGAGAUGAAGCGAUCAACGACGAAUCCCGGCACGACGAUGGAGAUGCCCACGACGCCGCGGCAGCAGAGGAGUGAUAUCGGCGGCGGCGGCGGCGGCGACUCGCAGCAGCAGCAGCAGCAGCAGGCGGCGGCAGCGGGCGUGCUGAAGCCCCGCUCUCUGCGCUUCACGUGGAGCAUGAAGACGACGAGCGCGAUGGAGCCGGCGGACAUGAUGCGCGAGAUCCGGCAGGUGCUCGACGCCAACAGCUGCGACUACGAGCAGCGCGAGCGCUUCCUGCUCCUCUGCGUGCACGGCGACCCCAACACCGACUCGCUCGUCCAGUGGGAGAUGGAGGUGUGCAAGCUGCCGCGGCUGUCGCUCAACGGCGUGCGCUUCAAGCGCAUCUCCGGCACGUCGAUCGGUUUCAAGAACAUCGCUUCGAAGAUCGCCAACGAACUGAAGCUGUAGUCGGGCGCGCCACCGCAGCGUGCGCUCGCGAUUACAGCGUGUCGCAGCAGGGGGCGCCACCGCAGCGUGCGCUCGCGAUUACAGCGUAUCGCAGCAGGGGGCGCCACCGCAGCGUGCGCUCGCGAUUACAGCGUGUCGCAGCAGGGGGCGCACCGCAGCGUG